AUGUGGAAUGCCAGUGCCGGGCAGCCGGGGCCAAAUCCAUAUCCCCCCAACAUUGGGUACCCUGGAGGUCCCAACGCUGUCCAUCCACCACCUGCCAAUCCUGCCUGUCCUCCAGGCCCCUUUCCCAUUCCCCCAGGAGUACCCCAGGGGAAUCCAGCUUUCCCCCCAUGUGGACCCCCUCAGCCUGUGCCACAGCCAGGAUAUCCAGGAUGUCAACCCCUAGGACCCUACCCACCCCCUGGCUGCUACCCUCCUCCAUACCCACCACCUGCUCCUGGCAUGCCUUCUGUGAAUCCUUUGGCUCCUGGCAUGGUAGGACCAGGAAUGGUGAUGGACAAGAAGAUGCGGAAGAAAAUGAAGAAAGCGCAUAAAAAGAUGCAUAAACACCAUAAACAUGGCAAGGUCAGUCAUUCCUCCUCCUCCUCUUCCAGCAGUGACUCUGACUGA